AUGGCAUCUACACAGGUUGCGUGUGGAAGGAAGAGAAGUUUGCUGCGAACUCUUGGGUCUCGUCGUAGACACAAAGAUCUUGCAGUUUCUAUGCCAGCCCCGGAUUUCGAUGGAAUCACGACGCCGACGAAGACAAUUCGCGAUGUCGAGGCUGCCGUCAUUCCCAAAGCAUCACCACAUCGACAUUUGAAGCGAUCUGAUAAGAGUGACAAAGGUUCAGUCAAUGGCCACGGUAAAUUUCGUGAUGACGUGACAGCAAGCCAGAAGAUUCGAUCCGGGAUCGUGAACAUGGCACCUAUAAGACCACAGGUGCCUAGUCGAAACUGUGUCGGAGGAGAUAGAAGCCCGCUGUUGUCGCCAUUUGAGAUGCAUCCCGUCAUAAUUUCAACUUCCCAGUCUCCAGAGAAAAGCUCAGUGGCAUCAGUUCCUAAGAGAAGCUCACUCGAGGCUCCCUCUUUCAGCCACAGUGCUGGACAUAACCGCCGGUACACUACAAACUCUGCCCCGCUGGACAAGACUGCGGAGCUCCUGAAACUGCUGGAUACCUCGGCUGCGAGCAUAGAAGAGAGCCUUACAGUGAAGGGCGAGCUUGACCCUCGUGCACAGGCGAGACCGAGACUUGGGAUGCAGGAGGAACUCGAUGAACAGAGUUCUUCGUCUUUACAAGCCCUUGGUGGAUGUGUACACAAGGCGAGCGCGGAAGAGAUUAACAGCAAACUUCGGGAGAUGCUAGCCGCAACAGAUGCUCUCAAACCUGCUACACCGCAAAAAGCUCAAGGUUCGCGAAAGCUAUAUCGUACAGCAAGCGCCAGAGUCUUUUCCAGAAUGUCAGAUGCUAUUGGACGCAUGUAUAAUAAGUCAGCCAGCCCUGAGGUCCGACCUAGAGACGAAGAAGGCACGAUUCGACUGGAGGAGACUGAUAAACCUAUCAGACGGUCGUCAAGUCACGCAAAUGCAAGCCAGCACUCCAUUAGAUCGAUUGAAAUUAGGUUAAAUGAGGGCUCGAACCUUGAUAGGAGAAAAGUUCAACAACUUAUUGGGAGCCAAGUGUUUCGAAAGCCUGUCACUUUGGACAGGAAGCCUGCCUUGUGCCGCCAGUUGGAUGACCAGACCGACAUGCCAGGGUCGAUGAUGCCUGUGGGAAGGCAUGGAAGCAGGUCGAGGUCCAUUUCGCCUUCCACGAAUCCCUUCGAAGCCGAAGAGGAUUUCGAAAAUGAUCUUGAAAGCGGCAUAUUGCAGGCCUCCCCAGGGGGCUGCUCUACGCCACGAAUCUGCAUCAACCGAGGCUCGGGCUCUAGCUAUGGCGAUGAUUAUGAUGGUGACUUGAGCGGAUCGAGCAUUGGGCAAGUUAAUUUGGCCAGGAUAGUUGUCAAAGUUGGCAAAAACGAUGUCGGAAGCCCGCAGGUACGACAGGUCCAUCUCCAGUCUUCAGCAGAUGUAAAGGACUUGUCGCCGAAACCUUGGCAACGAUCCAAACGUUGCCGAGAUGUGCAGCAUGACGACUUUGGAAUUGCGAAAAAACACCCGUCUCCGAGCAAGAGGGAUCUUGAAGAGCUGGAAUUAGCCUUCCAGAAAUACAAGCUCCGCGAAGCAUGUCAUGCUGAGGACGACGCAGACGAGCUGGCGAACAGUCGUGCAUCACUCGGAGACGCCCUGACUGCCAAAGACCCCAACAAGAAACUGCGAGGCCAUGUUGAACAAGGGAAAACUACAAUCAUUCCACAAAGGCCAACAACUAGAACUGUCUCGUCUCGAAUCCCGAGGCCAUCGAGCCAAGUCGGGGAAAGGAAAAGCACGGGAACCAGGCUUGCUGCGGACUGUAGACCAAGGAAUGCAGUCCCGGGGGAGCCAGAUGAACUACUGUGA